UUAUUGAGAAAUUUGAUAACACACCCAAAUUAUAACAGCUAUCGUCUUUGAUUAAAUCUUCGUAAUAUUUCAUCAUACACGAAUCAAGUAUAUUUAAGGAGUUCAGUGUAUUGAACCCAUAUCCAUUCAAUGAUAGACUUUCCAAGAACUAAGAUACAUAUUUUAUAUCAGUGCUAUGGUGAAUGAUAGUUACGCAAUAGUAGGUACCAUCGAAAUUUGUGAAAUUGACCAGUCAAUUGAUUGAUCUUGAAUUUUUAUAAACUUCAUAUUUGUGACAAAGUUUGUGAUAAGAUGGCAAAGGUGUCUUCGAUGCUUUCUGGAUUUUUAUCGAAAGCUUUGGCAGCAACAGAUCAACUCAGUGUUAAUGUGCAAGAGUCCCCUAUCAAGGCUUGUACUCCAGGAGAAAGAAUAAUAACCAUGAAGGAGGUAUCCUGGCAUGACGAAGCAGAUGACUGUUGGAUAAUAAUAUACGAUAGAGUUUACGAUAUCUCAGAUUUCCUAGAUGAGCACCCUGGUGGCAGUGAUAUACUUCUCGAAUACGCUGGAAGGGAAGCCAGUGGUGCUUUCAGAGGAUCUGGGCACAGUGCAAAAGCCAUUAGGGCCUUAGACAGGUUCUGCAUAGGAGAGUUACCCAUGCACGAACGUAUCUUCAGGAAGCCAGGAGGGUACAAGCUUAGUGACAUACCGGACUAAAAGAAAUAUAUUCCGGAUCAGUGUCCUUUCAGUACUUAAUAUUUUAGAAUUUUAUUUAUAUUUAUCAUUCAUUGUUAGCGUUUACUUUUAAUGUCAUUGUUUAGUAUUUAUUCCAAUCAGUAUUAUUGAAGCUUAGAACUGUUGAUUACAUACCUAAUCAAAUUAAAAACCUCGUUAAAAAC